AUGGCUCAACCUCAAAGUGGAAUGCCCCCUCCUGCAUACUUGAUGGAAAUGUUCCAGAAAUUAGAUAGAGACCAAAGUGGUUCCAUUACAGCUAACGAAUUACAAACUGCACUAUCCAAUGGCACAUGGACACCUUUCAACCCGGAGACGGUUCGUUUAAUGUUGAACAUGUUUGACAAGUCAAAUAAAGGCACUAUAUCAUUUGAAGAUUUUGGUGCAUUAUGGAAAUAUAUUGUAGAUUGGCAAAAUUGCUUCCGUUCCUUUGAUAAAGAUAAUUCAGGAAAUAUAGACAGAAAUGAACUUCGAGCUGCAUUACAAACAUUUGGAUACAAUUUGAAUGAUGCUACCGUUACUACAAUGUUGCAAAAAUUUGAUAGAAUUGGAAAAGGGACUGUACUAUUUGAUGAUUUCAUACAAUGUUGCAUCAUGCUUAAUAAUCUAACUACAGCAUUCCGCCAAUUUGACACCGAUCAAGAUGGAGUAGUCACAUUGCAUUAUGAACAAUUUGUUGGGCUAGUGUUUAGUAUUAAAUGA